UCUCAAACCAACUGGAUUCAUUUCCAAUGCACUCGUUGUCGCCCACUCGUGGGCCUGGUCUCUCUGCUUCGCAACCAACCCAACCUCUCCGCCGCGUUUCGUCUCACCUCGACGCUCGUGCCGUGCCACGCUCUUUCUUUCUCGUCAUGCCACCGCUUUUCUUCACGGCAGAAACAUCACAUCACCACCGCCUCGCUCUCGGAAAGAGUCAUUUCGUUGCUGCACAUCGACUCUCAUAUGUUUGUUGGCCUGCCAAACGAAUGCUGCCGCGACGACGAAACGACACAGACCCUGGAGCGAAGGCCCCAUCCAACCACUGCGACAGGCCUAUGCCAACUCUCGUGCAACCUUGAAUCGCGUGCCCACCCUGCACGCUGGACGUCGCGAACGAUACUUGUUUCAUGAUGAUUUCGGAUAUUUCCCCCAGACUGCCCUUCCUCCAGCGCUCCACCUCCAAUCGUUUGAAAAAGAAUGCUACUGUGAAAGGUCGCAUGCAGCACCAUCGAAGCGGCCUAACGACUUCGACAACAUCUGGCGUGGCGAAGCGUGACAUUUUCGACAACAUUGACGAAGCAGUUCAAGAACACCGGAAAAGUAUGGCGGGCCGACCAAAGUCAGCCGGUGUUGACAAGCGCAAACGCAGCGCGUCAAGAAAAAGGGCAGAUAUUGUAGCGAAGGAUGUGAAGGAAGUCACUCAGCCCCCGAAAUGUGGAGAAGACCUGCAAAAGGUUGGUCGGACGAUAGAAUACACGGCCGGCCUCGACACAUUUAGAUUUCCAACACCGUCGCCGCGUAUGCCGCCUCCAAGUGCGACACUCCAGGAUGGCGCACGAUUUCCCGGCAUGGCGCCACGAAGCGCUACAUAUCAGCAAUUGUCCCCGCCCCUCAUAAACCAAGAAUCGCCACACAUUGGCCGUGCUAUCGGCUCGCCGUCGAAUGCGCCUCCAAGUUGGGGACGAUCGUAUACAUCAGAUCACAUCUCAAACAGAAUGCCCAACCGGGAGCCUCCCAGCCGAGUGCCACCAGCGGUCCCGCCUGCUACUGAGCUGAAGCAAGAGAGCCCUGAAACCCGAAAGAAGAAGUCGAGUUGGAAAGCGUUCAGCAGCAUGUUCCGCAAAUCAUCGAAGCGCAACACGGACGACUCAUUCUACAAGGUCCAGAUGCCAGCUCAGCCGAAGACUGCUGGUAUCCAAUGCCACUCGCCCGAACCGGAUAGACCCUGCACGCCUGGCACUCCACUGUCAUGCUUGAGGGCACCUAGUCCUGAUCCCGGCAUGUUCUCUCAUUCGCGAGCACCAUCCUGUCACCGGAGUCAGUCUCGACUUGACGAGCGCAACGAGAAUAGGACCUCAUUCAUGCCAGCUGUGAAAUCAAAACGGUUACGAUCGCCCGUCAAGCGCGAUGGCGCAAAGUCUCCAAAUCCUUGGCGAGCCUCAGAGGACAUCUUCAGUGGUCGUGAUGGGCGGCAUGAAUCGCCCACGUCAGACCACGGCAACGAGGGUAUGGCCGUACCAAGGACACCCAGAUUAGACUUAGACUUGCCAGCACCUGAAUUUCCUAGGUAUUCUGUCAUGUUCGAGAAGCUGCUCAACGGUGACUCGAAGCCAUCGUUAUUGGAGCGCAGGCAGAGCAAGAUACAUAGAACGAAGUCACAGAAGCGAAGAAAUGGCGAACCCGAUGCCGAUGGUGGUUUGCAAGUCAACACGAAUGGCAGUGGAGUCAAGCGCGCUCUCACUUCGCCUCAUCUGACUAGGUCGCUAAGCAUCAGGGUCGAUGGCAAAAAGAUUACAGAAGAGCCCGAGACUGCAAUCCACCGGCCGCGACUGAUCCAGAGAAGUAAGACGGCACCACCUGGAGCGGUGUCUCCUAUCGCCGCAGCGUUCAUGCGACAGAAGGAGGCACAGGUCGACAGCUCUCCAGAUUCUUCUCGCCAAUCAAUGUUCAGCGAGCCUUCACUGCCGCCUACGCCCACAACAUUUACCACGUGCACAGAUACGUCUUCCAUCAGACGUGUGAUAGAAGACAGCGGACCAUCGUGUGACAUGAUGACUUCCAAAACAACAGCUGCUACUUCGGACGACCUAUCAUCUCAUCGAUCAGCCAGGACAGAGCCUUACCCCCGCGUCAAAUCUCCCGAAGAUCUUGAACGACAGAUUGUCCAAGUUUCGGUGGCAAGACAAGUGAGCGUCUCCCGAGCUCGGACCAGAGUCCAACGUGCUGCGAGUAGCAAGGCUGCCGCACAACCUCUCAGACCGAGAGUCGUGGAAUUGACCAAGAACCGCAAGAGUACAGUCGGUGUUGUGGAAGAUGCGAGCGCCGAGCCAAUGCCUGAUGAUGCCGCAAGCAUUAUUGCGCACUCGCGAGCAACAAGUAUGGCCAGCCAAAUGUCUUUUGAGAAGAGCAGAAAGACCUCAGUGGCCUCAGCAGCGCCUAUGCCUGAGGAUGCCGUCAAAGUCGUAGCACAUUCCAGGGCGGCGAGUGGAGCAAGCCAAAUUCUUCUUGAGAAGACGAGGAAGGCAGACACCUCUGCUGCGCCAAUGCCGGGGGAUGCAUCAAAGGUGGCGGAACGCGAAAGUAAAGCAUUUGAAGCUGUGAAGGCUGAGCCUCCAGUCGACUUGAAACCUGGAUCAGAGACCGAGACGGCCGCGAAGGAGGUACACACACCAGGCGAAGACGAGCUUGACGCUGGUUCUAUCGCCUGAGGAGCCUCACUCACUGCAGGCUGUCGAUUUUACGAUUCUACAUGCUGCCGUGCAGCAACAAUUCUUUGCAGAAGGAUCUGAAUUUCAUUUUCUUUUCACAUGUGGAUCAUGCGUUAUUUAUACCCAGAUAGAGCAUAUCGCCGGAGGCGGGAACAGGAACAGGACAGGAGAUGCGAAACACGAUUGUGUGAUGACGAGCAGAGCAUCCAUGGUGAAGGAAUACAUGUCGUAGAUUCCAAGAUGUUUAGCGCAGAAGAAUACCAGAAUGAACAGAACGAUUGAUAUACAUCAG